UGUAACGGAUCAGAUAAAACUGAAAGCAGAAACUUACUGCAGCUUUAAAUCGGCAAGGAAAGAAGCUGAACAAAUCAAUAUUAACCAGCAGGAUAUUUCUCCUGGACUAAUAGCUUUCUGGAUAGAAAGAAGAGUGACACUGCUUCUAAAAUGAGUCUCGAUGAGAAAACAGAAGGAUGUUCUCAGUCCCGGAGAUCUCCAGAUCCCAGCUGUGUGUCCGUGAGGAGUGACAGAUCAAUGCAUUAUCCUGUUGACCUCAGUGAUAAACCACCGACCACUGAUCCUAUAGUCGUGAAAGGAUCCAGUUCUGCUGGAUCUGCUCACUGUUACACACAAGCAGCCCUGCAGGAGGAGACUGAAGACCUGCAGAUCCCAGUAAAGAAUGAAAUACAGAGAGUCAAAGAGCAGCUCAAAACCAGCAUGAAAAAAAAGUUUGUGAGAUUAUUUGAAGGAACCAAACUACAAGAGAAUGAAACCCUCCUGAACAGGAUCUACACACAGCUCUACAUCAUAGUGGGAGAGAGAGAAGGAGUGAAUGAAGAACAUGAGGUUUUACAGAUGGAGAAAUCAGCCACAAUACAACACUCACAAGACACUCCAAUCAACUGCAAUGACAUCUUUAAAGCCUUACCUGAACCAGGAUGUGAGGAGAAACACCAGAUCAAGACUGUUCUUACUAAAGGCAUCGCUGGAAUUGGAAAAACCAUCUCUGUGCAGAAGUUCAUUCUUGACUGGGCUGAGGGAAAAGCCAAUCUGGAUGUGGAUUUCAUGUUUCUGCUUUCAUUUCGAGAGCUGAACUUGAUUCGAGAUCAUCAGUACAGUCUUCACAGACUUCUACUGGACUUUCAUCCUGAACUUCAAGAUCUGGACUCAAAGAUUUAUGAGGAUUGUAAAGUUGUAUUAAUCUUGGAUGGUCUUGAUGAAAGCAGAAUGACACUGAUGUUUUCAGAUGCUCAGAAAAUUUCUGAUGUGACUGAGACUUCAUCUGUGGGUGUGUUGAUGACAAACCUCAUGAAAGGAGAGCUGCUUCCCUCUGCUCUCAUCUGGAUCACCUCCAGACCAGUAGCAGCCAAUCAGAUCCCUACGGAAUACAUCAACCGUCUGACAGAGAAUUCAGGGAUUCAACGAGCCCUCAGAAGGAGGAAUAUUUCAGGAAGAGAAUCAGUGACGAGCAUCAAGCCAGCAGAAUCAUCUUACACAUCAGAAGAGCAAGAAGCCUCCACAUGAUGUGCCACAUACCUGUCUUC